AUGCGAUUGGCAAAGAUCGACUGGGCAUUGGAUAGGACUAACAUCCUUGCCAUCAAAAAAGCAAACAGCAUGGUUUCUCAGGGCUACUUAAAGGAAGAAAGGAUUUUCAACAUGCCAUACACAGAAUGGGUUGGAAACCUCACUCUUCUUUGUGGCAAUCUGUGGGUGGUAGACGCGAACCAGCUUCUCCUUGCCCGUGAGCUUGGAAUCAUUGAUAAACUGCCCUACAUGCCGCACGAUUCUCUAGAUGAUCACAACAGUAGUGAUCUUGUCGUCAAGAUCCUAGCAUUACUUCAGAUGUCGUGGAUGUUCAUUCAGCUCGGCGUGCGAUUAAGCCAAAAUCUCCCAACAAGCCAGCUCGAGAUUUUUACCCUAUCUUUCGCAAUUUGCUCCUCAAUCACAUUUAUCAUGUUGAUCAGUAAGCCCCAAGAUGUCCGGACAUCUUAUAUCAUCAAAGCUGUCAGGCAUCCUUCUGCGGAAGACUUGAUAUACAUGGCCAAUGCCGGCCCGCUGGGCUACGGCCCUAGAUACAGCAUCUGGGUACCCAAUGACGCUACGCACAGAGAUACCCUAAAGAAUAUGCCAGGAUACGUGAUGAGCAUGGCUUGCUUGUUUGCUCUGAUUCUAUUUGGUGCCAUCCACUGCGUAGCAUGA